AUGUCGGUAAACUUCUUUGAAGGUCAAAAUGUCCAAGCUAAGAAAUUCAGGCCUGUCACGGCCGGCUUCGCCACUGCAGGGAGAAAAGCAAUCAAGAGAGCACAAAUUGAAGAAUAUAUGGCAUUCCAACGUCCAUACAUUGAAGCCAUAGCCCCAAUAAUCAACACCAUCCAAACAGACGCCAUGCAUAAGGACAGAGUUGGCUGGGACGAGGUAAUCGAGGCAGAUUACAUCUUGCAAAGAGAGAGAAGGGCAGACGCCAUAGCCCGAAGAGCCAGACAAAGAGAGAUACGAGCCCAACAAGUUGACCAGGAAGAAGAAGAAGCCCCUAGGGCAAUGCGAUUCGAGGACUUAAUGGAACAAGACGAACUUAAUGAUGGAAUCGACAUUAACGGUGAUCCUAACGAUGACGAUGACGAUGAUAAUAUUCCAGUGGGCCCGAUACCGCCUUCUUUAACAACUCUCUUAGACAAUAUGCAACCGACUCUUGGGAAUAUUACCGAACUUCUUGAAGAGGUGGACUACGAUGAGGUCCCGUUUACACCAGAGGCACAAAGACUGGAAGCCGGAAUGCCCUUCAAUUAUCGAUUAAUUAACGAAGAAGCUAGAGAUAGAACAAUUAAAGCGCUGGAAAGACUCGAAAAAGUUAUUAUAAAUGGUACAGAUGAAUGGGAUAUCGAAAUUAAUGAAAUGUUCGCAGUAGAUACCGAUGAGUACCACAGAAAGGCGGAAGAAACAAUCAAAAAACACAGUCUGUUAUCCAUGCUAGAAAGACUCGUUCUGGAAAUCAAUCAAUCUUGGGUCUUUGAGCGCGACCUAGACAGCAUUUUUGCAUAUCUAUACUCCAUGCCUCAGGGGCGUGGUUCAAAAGUUCUAAUCGACCUGAACGGGCCCCUGGACUAUGCGAACAGCCUACAGGCUAUAAGUGGUGGGGUUGGAGCGUUCUUGGCGGCAUUUUCACUUGGCUUUGAUAAUGCCUUUAAAUUUCUCCCGAAAAGGUCAUCGGGGCGAUGGAUAGCAGAGGCAUUGGUUACUAAAAGCCGCAUCAUCGAAAUCCUAGAAUUCUACCAUGAGCUUGUUACAAGGUUUUACAGAAAUGUAAGGCUUCUAGCGGACAGGCCAUUUGGGGAGACUGUGGACGAAGACCACGCCAAGAUGAUAAGAGAGCGGCAAAGAAACCUGGAUCGGGAGGCAAAUGCUUUGGAAGAGCUAAACCAAAUGAACCAAGGCAACCAAGCAGACUUAUUAAAUCAGUUCAAUCAGCAAAAUCGAGGCAAUCCACUAAACCGUGGGGACUUUGCCCAGCAACUCGGGCGGAUGAACCAAAAUCAUGAAUGGGACGAUAUAUAG